AUGGGCAUCUUCGAGGCCAUUCGUGGCCGCAACGAUGAUGGGCGAUUCACGCGGGCACUGGUUGAUCAGCAGGCAGUCUUCGAAGCGGAGGAUAAAAAUGCCCAAACCGCCACCUCAACUGCCAAUAAUGCGGGGGAAUCUGCAACUGAAGACGAUGAGCAGCGUGGGCCCACGCACAACUCCGAGACUUCAUAUGGGCUUCACGGAAUCGAAGACGAUGCAAAGGAAGCCGGUCGCAAUCCCACCCAAGUGACUGACCAAGCUGGACUGGGUCAACAAAAGGCUGAAGCAGCAGCUCUUGUUUGGAGCCGUCCGGCUGUUUUCGCGAUUUAUGCAUGGGUCUGGGUUUGCUUUUUCAUGCUCGCUCUUCACUCCUCGAUCGGCAGCAACCUCAUCAAUUACGUUUUCUCUGAUUUUUCGUUGGCACCACAAGUCUCCACAUCAUACAUACUUGCUACCAUCAUCGGUGGUGUUCUUAAGCUGCCUCUGGCUAAAACACUGCAGCUCUGGGGGCGUGCUGAGGCGCUCCUCUUUUCGACGACUAUCUACAUUGUCGGUAUGAUUAUCUUAGCAGCGAGCAAGGGUGCCAGUUCAUUUGCUGCUGGGUAUGUUCUUUAUUGGAUUGGAUACAACUGCAUUUAUCUGAUCCUGGACAUCUUCGUGGCCGACACCUCUGGAAUGCGUUCUCGGGCAUUUGCAUUCGCCUUCGCAUCGACACCAUUCAUCUGCACUGCAUUCACUGGACCCCUCGCAGCCACGGCAAUUCGGAAAAAUGCUGGAUGGAGAUGGGGCUACGGAGCUUUUUGCAUCAUACAACCGUUUGUGAUCUGUCCUCUUGCAAUCGUAUUCAAGUUCUACGAGAGGAAGGCAGUUAGAAUGGGGGUGUGGGAGCGUAGAUCAAGUGGACGCACAAGAAUGCAAUCCAUCACCCAUUAUAUCCAUGAAUUCGAUGUGGUUGGUGCGCUCUUGCUUAUGGCUGCCUGGGUAUUGUUUCUCCUCCCAUUCAGUCUGGCCCAGUAUGGCAAGACCCAGUACAAAAGCGCUGGAUUCAUUUCAAUGGUGAUCAUCGGUUUCUGUAUGCUGUUUGUUUUUGCGGCAUGGGAGAGAUGGGGCGCCCGAACUCACUUCGUUCGAUACGAGUUGCUACGAAAGCCUACGAUUAUCGGUGCUUGCGCCUGCUCUGCGAUCCUUUAUUUCAGCUUCUAUCUUUGGGAUCAAUUCUUUUUCAACUUUGUUUCCAUCAAUUACAACCUUGACUCGACCAUGGCAGGAUACAUGAUCCAAAUUUACAAUGUCGGCUCAUGCUUCUGGUCCCCCAUUCUCGGCCUCUUCAUCUGGUGGACUCGAAGGUUCAAAUAUGUUUGUUUAUUCUUCGGUGUUCCGUUGAUGCUUCUAGGAUCUGGAUUAAUGAUCCACUUCCGAGGAAAUAGCCAUGACAUUGGCUACCUGAUCAUGUCCCAAAUUUUCGUCGCCUUUGCCGGUGGGACCUUGGUGAUUGGGGAGGAUAUGGCCGCUAUGGCUGGCGGAGGACGAGAAGGCACACCAAUCAUGCUAGCCUUGAUUGGCCUAUUCUCUAACCUGGGCGGUGCUUUCGGAUACGCUGUCUGCUCCGCGAUUUACAACAAUGUUUUCGUGAAGACACUCAGAGAUAGGCUCCCCCAAGAACUCAAGGCCAAUGCGACCCAGAUUUACACCGGUGGCAUAGCCCUUCAGCUUACGUUGCCUGUUGGCUCUCCAGAACGCGAUGCCGUUGAUUAUGCUUGGGAAUACUCCCAAAAGAUGAAUUGCAUUACUUCCACUUGUAUACUGGCAUUGCUCAUUCCAGCCGUUGCGAUGUGGAAGAAUUACGAUGUUGGCAAGAAGUCAAACAAGGGUACCAUGGCAUUCACCUAA